GAAGUGCUUGACACCCCCCUUGAAGAGGAGCUCACUGUGGAGCAGGUGCCUUGUGACCUGACGGACCAUUACGAUGGCGAGCUGCAGAAGAUUAAAAUGUGUCAUUCACUUGAUCUUCAGCAACUCAGGGCCAAACUCUCUGGCCAUCACUUGCAAGAGGUCACUCGUGUCCAAUUGGAGGCUGCAAGACAAGUAGAGGUAGAGGUAGAACAAAGGUUAUGGUGUUUCACUGAGGAGCUGCACACAAGAUUGACCCUCAUUCACACCUUGGAGAACACAGUGGCCAUCAUGGACAAGCAACACAAUGCAGAGCUGCAGAAGUUGAAACAGGACUUUGAUGAAGAGCGCACUUGCCACAAGGAAGCACUGAUGCAUGAGAAGAAACAUGCGCUGGAAGAAGUAACUCGCAUACAAAAGGAGCUCCAGGAGAAGCAUGAAGCCUGUAGGACUGAUUUCUUACGACAGCUGGAAGAGAAGACCUGCUUGGAAAAAUCUCUCAUGGAGGAAAAGGACAAGUUGAUAUCUCUCCAGACCACACUCGAUAACAGUGAGGACUCAAAGGCUCUAAAAGCCAACAAUGAUAUGGAGCUCCAAAGUGAGAAGAACAGCAUGGCAAAGGAGAUGAAAGAACUUGCCGUUUUGCUCCAGCAGCAAGCUGACCAGUGUCUUAAACAAACCCAAGACAGAUUUGAGGAGGAAAAGGCCAUGUUGGAGCAGUAUUUCUCCCAGAAAACUGAAAUCUCUCUGGUUGAGCUUAGGAACAAACACAAAACUGACCUGGAACAUGAGAGAGCGACACUUCUCAACGAAUACUCCCAAGAAAUGGACGGUCUUAUCAUCAAACACAAAGCACAACUGGACUCUCUCGGCGCCAGUCACAGAGAUCAGCUCGUAGCCGUGACUGCUGAGCUCGAGUCCAAGCACAAUGCCCAGCUUGUUGCCUUGGAAGCGACCCUCAAUUCCAAGCGCAAGGAAGACCUCCAGGGCCUGGAGGCCAUGUUUCAAGAAACCAGCAAUGCCCAACUUGAGGCAUUAGAAGCAGAGUUGUCCCGGAAACACCAGGAGGAGAAGGAUGAAAUUGAAAACAGGAUGCUUGCUAACAUGGACACCUUGGAGGCCACAUACUUAAAGGAAAUACAAACACUGCGCGAUGAAAUGGUGCAGAUGGAACAGAAGCACCAAGCUCUUACCAGUCAAAAAGCGGAAAUGGUGGAGCGUCACAUUGCAGAGCAGGAGUCAAUCAAAGAGGAGCUGCGGAAGGAGAUGGCUCAGAUGCACAUGACCAAGUUUAGGGCCAUGGCUGGCGAGCUCAGCCAUGUUCACCAGGAUGAACUGUCUGCUCAAAAAGAGUCACUAGAUGCUGAACACUGCAAAGCUCUGAGCGAAUUAAAGGCACAGGUUUUACAGCUGGAGCAACAAAACAGCGCUGCUCUUCAGGAACUGACGCACGCAUACGUCGCUGAGAAAGAACAACUCUCCCAGCAGCACCAACUCCAACUACAGGAGCUGAAGGGAAUCUCUGCCCGAGAAUUGGAGGCAUGUCGCAGGGAGCUUGAAGAGGGGUCGUCGAGGCAACGGCAGCACUUCCUGGAGGAGGCGGAGCUCCUCAAAGUCCAAUCAGGGGAGAGACUGCAGGACAGGAUUAAUCAUCUGACGGCUGAUUUUGAGCAGCAGAAAGAGGCGGAGCUUGAGGACCUGAGACGGACAUUCGCGUCUGAACAGGAAGAGAAGGAGCGCAACUACACAAGCAAAAUGAGCCAACUCACUGCCCAACUGCAGCAACUAGAUGCUGUAGUAGCCCAGUUGAGAGCGGAGGUCGGCUGUCUGCAGGGAGAGCUAGAAGGCAAGCGUGCAGAGAUGGAGACUUUGGACACCCUCCUCCAAAGACGGGAGCGCGAGGGCCAGGAGGGAGGCAACCUUCUUAAAAUGCUCACUGAUGACCUGCACGCUGCGAAGAAAGAGCGACGUAAACUGCACCAGGCCAAUGACAAGCUGAAGAAGGUGUUAAUUGAGAUGCUUCGCAGCAUUAUUGCUACCGAAGAACUGAUUGGGCAGAAGAUCAGUGCCAACAUGUCUACGCAAUCUUCCCAUCAGAGGAGCUCAACAGGGACUAAAGGGGCUCACGAAGCAGAUGUGACUUCUGAGGACAUGGAGCUGACUGACCUUCUCUGUGAGAGUCUCCUGGUUUCAGACACACAGAUCAACCCCGGAGGAGAGGAGGCGGCCCUGAACGCCUGCAGCCGACUGCGCCAGACAGUGGAUACACUCCUGGAGCUGCUCAAUCAAGCCAACACGCAGCUGGAGCAGACUUAUAACAUCCACUUGUGUCUGGAGGAAAAACUGUCUCAAGGCCAAGAGGACUCAGCCCAACUUGUUGAGGAGCACAAGGUCCUGUUGGUACAAAUUGACCACGAGGUUAAGUUAAAGAGUCAGCUGGAGCUGGAACUCCACAAGGCGGAAG